AUGGCCGGCUUAAAUACCAGACCCGCUACACUGGGCAUGUUCUCCUCAAAAUCCACAACCUCCACAACAAAGCCCAUUUCCACAACCAAGUCCGUCGCAAGCUCAGUCAAGUCCUUCGACACUUCUACCACUGCUCGCUCAUCCCUCAGCAAGAAAUGGUCCUCGCUAAGCUCUAAGCUAUCAUUUGAGCCGAAGCCUUCCAAACAUUCGGGCGAAUACAACGCUAAGAAGGCGUUACACAACGAGGCUGUCGCAACAUACUUCAGUGUUGUGCGCUAG